GCACACUGUUCCCUUUCUCUCUCACUCGUCUUCUCGAACCGAGAGGUGCGGUGCGGCGGCAGGGGCGUCUCAGAGGACUCAUCGCUCAGGACGCCUCGGCUCUGCCUCAGGUCUCCCUCGGCUGCUGGCGGCGUCGACGCCAACUGGAAAGGGAAUCCUGCCGGCCCGCCGGAGUGCCCCAACCGACAAGCGCUGAAGGUGCACAAAGAUGCGAUCGUUGCUGGUUCUCUUCUGGGCAUCAGUCGCAGUGUCCAAGAAGGCGCUACCGCAUAUCAUCUUUGUCCUCGUUGAUGAUCUGGGCUGGGACGACGUCAGCUUCCAUGGCUCAUCGCAAAUUCCCACCCCCAAUAUCGACACACUUGCGGCUGACGGCAUCAUCCUCAACAACUACUAUGUUCAGCCGAUGUGUACGCCGUCCAGGUCAGCACUUAUGACCGGCAUGUAUCCUAUACACACAGGUAUGCAGCACUGGGUUAUCAGGAGUCCCGAGCCAUGGGGCCUGCCUCUUGAACUGAAGAUUAUGCCACAGUAUCUUAAGGAGCUUGGUUACGCAACGCACCUGGUCGGAAAGUGGCAUCUGGGCUAUUUCGAGAAAGAAUAUACACCAACAUACCGUGGCUUCGACUCAUUUUUCGGAUACUACAACGGAUUCAUCGACUAUUAUCACCAUAGAAACCAAUAUAAAAGGCACGUCGGCCUGGACUUUAGGAUGAACAUGGUGCCAUCGAACAAGAACUUUGGUCAAUACGCUACCGAUGUUUUCGCCGACCACGCCAUAUCACUCAUCCAAAGCCACAACAAAUCUCAGCCUCUGUUUUUGUACCUCAGCCACCUGGCACCUCACGCAGCCACGGAGAAAGAGCCCCUGCAGGCACCGCAGGAGAAUGUUCGCAAGUUUGACUACAUUGGGGACAGCAACAGGACCAUGUUUGCAGCCAUGGUUGAUAACCUAGAUGAGUCCAUAGGAAGGCUCACUGAAGCUCUGCAGACUGCCGGUAUGCUGGAGAACUCCAUAAUAGUGUUCAGUAGCGACAAUGGGGCACUGCCCUACGGCACCCACUCCAACAGCGGAUUCAACUGGCCCCUGCGCGGGACAAAGAUGUCGCUAUGGGAGGGCGGAGUCCGAGUGCCAGCGUUCAUAUGGAGCCCACUGUUGCAGAAGCGUCGCCGCGUGUCCCGGCAACUCAUGCACAUAUCCGACUGGCUGCCUACACUUUACUUCGCUGCAGGGGGCAACACCUCGAACUUGGGCUACGUGGACGGCUACAACAUGUGGGAGGCCCUGUCUCGCGGCUGGCGCUCGCCGCGCAAGGAAGUGCUGGUCAACAUCGACCCGGUGACGGGCGCAGGCGCCCUGCGUUACGGAAAGCACAAGAUCGUGUACGACGCACCCUACAGAGGCUCGUCCGACGCGCACGUCAAGACGACCGGCCAGCGCAGGCCAACAUCGCAGGCAGAAGAAGAGCUCAACUGGCUCAUGGAAAACUCGCAAGCGGCCAAAGCGCUGCGAAUGCUCUACAACGCCAACCGGCUUCCCCUGAGAUACAACUGGAGGAAGGACGCCAGGGUGGACUGUGGCGUGCUCGGCAGGCGCCCCAGUAACUUCGUAUCCCAGCAGCCACCCUACCUCUUCGACCUCGAGAUCGAUCCGUGCGAGAUGUUCAACCUCGCCAACAUACGAAGAAGGACACUGGGCACCAUGCUUCGCAUGCUACAAAGCUUUGAGGAAAAUAUGGUUCCCAACCGGAACGAGCCAGAAGAUCCACUGUCUUACCCGGAAAAACACGGCGGCAUAUGGACAACCUGGAGGAGAUCGUCGUCGUAGCAGCGCCCACAUUGGGCUAUUCGGCCUUCUGAGGCCAUGUACAAAAAUGUUGUUAUUGCUCAUGUUUGUUACUGCUUUUACAUUUUCACUGUUUUUCAUUUGUGUGCGUUUUCACGUGAAGCCACCGGUUGUGCUUUCAGCGAACGUAUCUGAGGUGAACAGCAGGCUGCUCGCCAGCGACCAAGAUCGCUCGCUUUUUUUAUUCUUUCUUUUUCUUUUCGUAAAAGAAAAAAAACUGUGCUAGUGGCUCAAAAGUGAUACUCUAUAAAGUACCUGGAUCGAUGUAAGAAGUUGAUAACAUGAGCUCACUUGGUUAAAAGAAGCUUGAGAAUUAUCGCUGGAUAAUAUGCUGAAGACUGCACUCCAAAUUGCUCGACAACCGAAACACUCUCCGUAACUGAACUUAACGUAUGUACACGUAUUUGGAAAAGAGCUGCCGAGUUCAGAAAUCUGGAUAGCAAGCCAUAAAUGUUUUCAAAAGCAAUUAGAACUGAAAAAAAAAAACAUUGCUUAUUUCUUGAGCGCUAGAACAAGCUCAUAAACAACUUUUUUUUUUGGAGGACUUGUUCUGCUUAUGCAAGAAAAAAAAUACUCGUUGAAAGGUAUGCAGCCUUGCAAAUUAAAAAAAAAAAAAGCUUAAUCAUAAGUAGGGCAGUUGCACUGAAUUUCAAUAUUAUCAAUUCAUCUACAAGAAAAAUGAGCAAGACGCAGAAGAGGAUAUGACCCAAUCUGUUUUCUAGAUUCCAAUAUUUUUUUAUUAUUUUUGUAAGUGUAAAUGUGUGUAAUAAAAUACGUUAACAACAGGCAUCAGUGUACGGCAAACUACUCGAAAAGGGGGAAACUACAAAACCUUAACCACAUAAGUUUAAGGCGCAGAGUUGAGCACGGCGAUGUAGCGGUUCUUAAAAUUACACAAAGAAAUCGUGAACAUCCACUCAGUGUAGUGAUCUUAUCAAAUAUAGUUCAAUAUAAAAUACAAAAUUGGAAUGUUCGAUAUGUCUUGCGAACACGGAUCUCAUCACUUUGCUCAAAUGUGUACUCGUAUGUUUUCAGAAGUGUAGAAAGCGAAUCAAAUCACAACGCAAAAUAAACGGCAACGUGCCAACAAAACCACCAA